AUGUCACAACAUCAGGAAGCCGGGCAUCCGGUACCAGGGCGAAAGCCCAGCGAUAUAAAUGAACAAACUACACGAGAAACUUCCGAAGCCGACGUGUUGGCCAUGAUCGAAAGAAUGCGUAACAGGUCGGGCGAAGAUAUAGCUGCCGACACAGAGAGGCUUGCUGCGGAAUCAAAGCGAUUUUGUGAAGAACAAAUGCGCAUUCGGUCACAGAAGCAGAGAGAGCAGAUGAUCCACACUGCGAAACUGGCUCUGCCCAUCGCUUUCAUUGUUGGGGCAUGGUACUGGCUCUGGUAA